AUGUUUUCAGUCGACAUUAAAAACAAAAACCUUUUCAGAAAAGUCCAUAGAAGCGCUGAAGAAGAGGAAGAUGAAGACAGGAGUCGGGGUUAUUCCGAGGAAGAAGAUGAGGAGAAGCCGAGAAAGAGAAAGAAGCAUCACAAGACCGAUCCGACUUUGAUUUCAAUCCGAGACAUUCUUUCGAAAGUCGAUAAACCUCUGUCAACCACACCUCUAUCUAUGCCUCUGCCACCCUCACCUAUUUCAUCAGCUGAAUCUCAACGGACCAUUGCCUCCUUGCCUAUCGUGGAAAGCGACACCGGUUUGGCUCACUCCAACAUGCAACCACAGUACGCCUAUCAACCGGUCGUGCAGCCUGAUGGGAAGACAUACUAUCAACAAGUGUUGAUCGUUCCUGGUCAAGUGAUGUCAAGUGGUGCCGUGUCUUCGCUUAAUUCUCUGUCAGCACAGAAGUCCGCAUUUUUACAGGAACAACCACUACAACCUAAGAGCAUCGUUCAAGCAGACUACUCCGUUACUGCUCCAACGUUCCCGCCUCCAUUAGAUGUAUUCACAAAAAACGACGCUAAUGCGGAGCCGACACGGAGGGCUUAUCCUCUACGUUUCGUGAGACCGGUAUCGAGCGGUAUUGCCGAGCAACGUCCUGUUCAACUACCUCAGAGCGACCCGAUAGCCAUUCCAUCCAUACGAGCUACAACAUUUGCACCAUACACGUCAACGCCGAAAGAAUCGCUUUACACUUCAAAACUUCCAUCCGGUGACGAGCAGAGAAGACAGGCGCGAGUAUUCCGCGAAGAAGCUACCGCGCCUCCGAGACAAGUGAUGAAGUCUAUCCAAGAAAGCCCGCUCCGCAUUAAAACAGUGGACAGUCGUGUAGAGCAAGCGAAUGUGGAUGAUGUGGCCGAGAUCCGUCAUCUGAAGCACGAUGAAGAACUGAAGAAAGCGUUGGAACGACACAGGCUGGAGAUCGAUCCGGAAUCAUCAUCGUCGCGAAAGCGAAAGUUGCGGAAGUCGAAAAAGAUAAAGAAAUUAUUGAAAAAGACCAAGUACGUCGACGAAGAGGAUGAAGCAUCAUCGGCGAAGUCAACUAUGGAUGAAUUCCAAACUAUCAGAAGAAUGCCUGAAACGUUCGAGCCUGAUGAUGAAGAAGAGCCGAAAAAUCUACAGAGUAUUGAGGAAAGAGAAGAUGCGGAAGUAGAAGAAAUUACAGAACCACCAAAGAAGAGGCGAAGGAGCCAGAAGACCACGAAACUGCGAAAAAUAAGAGUAAGGAUGGAAGAUGACGAAAGAGAUGGCACCACAUCGAGAUCAAGAAAGGAGUUGCAGCGGCAGGACGAUGAAGCGGAGACUACUACCGCCACGACCUUAAAACGGAAGAUUCUACGUCUGAACAAAAUCAAAAGCGAGUCAUCCAGAUGGACAGAUGAUGAGGGUGCCGAACAUAGAAAGCGAAAAUCAACAACUCGUUCUCGGAGAGUGAAGAAGGUCAGAAGGAGCCGAAGAAGGAAGGCUGCCAGAAGUACUGCGGCCAACUCAUCUCCGCUUCGACAGCAUUGUUUGAAUAUCCGGACGUUUGCAAGGCAAUUCGGUACCACCAAUAUCGAGGAAUUCGCACAAGAGCAUUGUGCCUUCAUCGAGAAUUACUACCCGCACUUGACAUGUGAUAAGAGAGCCGAAUACAUUGCCGAAUGCCAAAAACACCUCUAA